AUGGCACACCACCAUAGAAGUACUACUAUCUUUUUUCCCUUCUUUGUCAUGGUAGUUGUCUCUUCAUUUUCAUUUUCAUCUUGCAUUCAUCAUGAACACAUGCUUGAAGAUCAUAAUCGUUUCCAAGAGGAAAUCGGUUAUGAUUUUCAAGCAUACCCUUUAUAUACUAGCCAAGUUGACAUUCAUGGCCGGGGACAAUUAUGCGAUAUGAAUUCCACCAACCAAAUUGAAGACGAGAGGAUUUCUAGCUUUGACGGAUUGAUUCGCCAGUUUUCGGAUGAUUCAGCUAGGUCAACAAUUGUUGUAGAUAACUAUGGAGCUAAGGGUGAUGGAAGUUCUGAUGAUACCAAGGCAUUUCAAGAUGCUUGGAACCAAUCAUGUUCAUCGACUAGUCCUGUUACUUUUGUGGUGUCACGAGGAAAACAAUAUCUUCUCAAACCUAUAACUUUUUCUGGUCCUUGUAAUUCUCCAUUAACACUGCAGAUAUAUGGGACUUUGAAAGCAUCUGAUAACAGAGGGGACUACCGCGUAGAUGGAAGACACUGGAUUCUUUUUCAAAGAAUUAAAAACUUGACUGUUGAAGGAGGUGGAACCAUCAACGGAAAUGGAAAUAUAUGGUGGCAAAAUUCUUGCAAAAUCAACAAAACCUUGCCAUGCAAGGAAGCCCCAACGGCUGUGACUUUUUACGAUUGCCAAAACAUAAUCGUUGAAAAUCUCAACAUUGAAGAUGCACAGCAAAUGCACAUUUCUUUUGAACAAUGCUCCAAUGUCCAAGCAUCCAAUUUGGUUGUCAAAUCUCCAGAGAAAAGUCCUAACACGGAUGGAAUUCAUGUUGCAAACACUCACAACAUCCAAAUCUCUAGCUGCACAAUCGGAACCGGUGAUGAUUGUAUUUCAAUCUCAAAUGGAUCCCAAAAUGUCCAAGCCUCUGAUAUCAUUUGCGGUCCUGGUCAUGGAAUAAGUAUUGGAAGCUUGGGAGCUAAAAAUUCAGAAGCUCGUGUUUCUGGUGUCUUUGUCAAUGGAGCAAAUCUUUCUGGAACCACCAAUGGAAUCAGAAUCAAGACAUGGCAGGGUGGAUCCGGAAGUGCAAGCAACAUGAAAUUUCAAAACAUCCAGAUGCAAAAUGUGGAGAAUCCCAUAAUCAUUGAUCAAAACUACUGCGACCAACCUACUCCCUGCACCCAUCAGGAAUCGGCUGUUCAAGUGAAAAAUGUGUUCUAUCAGAACAUCAGCGGAACCAGUGCUUCGGACAUAGCUAUAAACUUUGAUUGCAGCAAGAGUUAUCCUUGUGAAGGAAUACUGCUGCAAAAUGUUGAUUUGGUUAAGGAAGGAGGUGGAGCUUCAAAUGCUUCUUGCAAUAACAUACACUUGAUCAAUGUUGGAACUGUAUCUCCACGCUGCCCUUAA